GGAGGGGCUUUGCAAGCAGUCGGAUCACAAUGGGACAGUUGGAAGACACGAUGCGGGCCAAGCUCACAAAGCGGUUCCAGCCCGAGCAGCUGCGCAUCACGAACGACUCGGCUGCUCACGCCGGUCACGCUGCAAUGCGAGCGCCGGGCGCUGCUACGGGUGAGACGCACUUCACCGUCGAGAUUGUCAGCGAUGAGUUCGAUGGCAAGGUGGGCACGCAACGCUUCAGCGCAUCGGCGCCAUCUAGCUGAUCACUGGGGAGGCAGCGCCAGAUGCAGCGGCAUCGGCUCGUCUAUGAGGCACUCUCCGAUGAGCUCAAGGCGGG